AUGGUCAUCGCACAGCUUGAAAAGCAAGAUAUCCAAAACAUCGCUGAUCUCAUUUGCUCGCCGCCGGAAGCAGAUUACUACAACACCAUUAAAGACCGUUUAAUAUCGCUAUACGAAGAAUCUAACAGCGCACAAACGAAGAAGCUACUGUCGCAAGUUGAGCUUGGAGACCAGAAACCCAGCCAGCUGAUGAGGCAAAUGAAGCAGCUUAACAAGGACAAAUUUCCCGAGAGCACCAUCAAAAUGAUGUGGCUCGAGCAUCUGCCGCCACACAUUCGUUCCGUGCUAGCCGUCAGCGAAGCGUUUAAAAUCAAAACGACGCUUGACGACCUGACCUUGCUCGCGGACAAAAUGAUGGAAGUCCACACGCCGUCGCAAUACAUCGCUGCCGUCGCGACGCCUUUCACACCUGUAGCAUCGCCACCAACUCCAGAACAACAACCAACCAUCGACACCCUCAUCGGUGAAAUAAGAAGAUUGUCUUUGGAAGUUGCCGAGCUACGAGUACAACCGCGCGACAACUACCGCAACAGUCGUUCUCGCUACCAUUCACAAUCACGCUCGCGGAACGCAUCAACAAAGCGCAACGAAAACCGACGAGAGUCGCAGAUGGAAGAUCGAAGCCGGAAAAAAUCUCCAAUGCCGUACUGCUAUUACCAUCAUUGCUACGGUAUGGACGCGAAGAAAUGCACACGACCAUGCAGUUUCAAGCCCAUAAAUCAGUCGGAAAACUAA